AUGAUCGCAGGCCACGUGAAGGUAAUGCAUUUUAUAGAUGCAGUUUCCUAGCAUGUUGCAGCUAAAACUCCUUCCCCAUCACGUUAGGAUUCAAUGUGUGUAUCACAGGGGGCUGCAGUCACUUCCUUGCUCUUCCUGUACCAAGAGCUAGGAAUAUCCCCAGCUGCUAUAGAACUGCAACUCCUAUAAUGCCAAGCCUUAAAGCUGGCAAAGUGUCAUAGGUUUUGUAGUUCUAUAACAGUGGGUUGGGCAUCUUGGCCACCCAUCUCUACAUGGUGUCCUCCAUGAAUUGCCUGUUAUUGCUCUGUGGACUCACUGUGAUACAUUCACAAUGAACCACUUAUUGCCCUUAAUUGCAAUGGAUUUAAUCAGAAUAGAAAAAUUCAGGCUAAAAUCGCCAUACAGUGAUUUAUAGCAUAGCUGAACAAUUUUUCCAGAUCUCCAUUUCUCGCUAACGUUGGCCAUUUGCUAUAGUUCAGAGUUUCGUGAAUAGCGGCAGUAUAUAUAUCAUGCCUCUGGUUUUGCAUUCUGCCCUUGGUAGCGACGCUCUCCCCUAUUACAGCCACUCAUACAAAAUACCGUGCCACAUUUAUGGGUUUAUCUGUAAACCUUAACUUGGUAUAGUUUGGGGUUUUGUUAUGCUAGUACUGUUUUAAGUGUUUUUUUUUUAUCUCUGGUUUCAGCGCAGGUUGAAGGAUGCCCUGAUUGUGCUUGGAGGUGGUGGACUUCUCUUCACCUCCUAUCUGGUCAUAAAGGGGGAUGAGCGCUUCUACACAAAUUGUCUAAUGCCAACAUUGCAGCAAAUGGUACCACCUGAACUGGCGCACAACCUCUCUAUAAAACUUCUAUCCCUUGGACUGGUUCCACGACUUAAGUGUCAUGAUUCCAAAGAGCUUGUAGGUUUCCGAACAGAGGUUUCAAUUUACAUACAGUCACUAUAUUUACAUUGUUUUCCAGUUUGUUUUUUUUCCAAUUUAUUUAAAGCUAUAUUUCUGUGUUUACUGUGCAGGAUGAAUACAUCCUAACUGCCCAUUCUUAAAGAUCCUGUAUCAGAAUCAAACAUCCCACUUAUUAAAUAAAAGCAGACGUUUAUAUAGCUGUAAAAUAAACAGAAUAUUCCAUUCUAGCAUAGUACUUUUAGGGACCAGGUUGUUCUUCUUAAGGGGUUGAAACUUACAAAAAGAAACAGCUAUUUAAACUUACGAACGUUUCAUUGUCCCUUACCCUUAUAUUGGGAUUACUUUUUUUGAUGACUUGCGCACUCCUUUUUAAUAAUGUCUGUUUUAACGUAUUGCCCACUAUCCACUUCUUUGUAUUUACUUUCCUCCUCAUUACUCCCCGUCCAUAGGAGAUGAAGGUACUCGGACACAGCUUCAGGAACCCAGUGGGUAUAGCUGCUGGCUUUGAUAAGCAUGCAGAAGCCGUGGAUGGACUUUUUAAAAUGGGCUUUGGAUUUGUGGAAAUUGGAAGUGUUACUCCAAAGCCCCAGGAAGGAAAUCCCACACCCAGAGUGUUUCGCUUGCCUAAGGACCGGGCAGUUAUCAACCGGUAAUGGUAAAUACACAGAGUAAAAACAAUCUUUGUGGUCUUAGAAAUGGUUGCUUAAUGCCUUUUUUGAAUAUUUUCAGAUAUGGAUUUAACAGCCAUGGGAUAGAAGUUGUGCGUCAGCGACUGAUGGCGAGGAGAGAAAAACAGAGCUUACUUACAGCGGGUAUGAUAUGUCUCAUACAGACUAUUUUUAUAGCUCACAUUGACACUGCUAUACUGUCCCAUUCACCUGUGUCCAACCUGUCAACCUCUGCUCAUGUGUAGUCUUCUCAUUAUUAUGCUUCUUUCUCAUUCAAGGUGGGAUGCCACUUGGUGUUAAUCUGGGAAAGAACAAGACAUCCGAGGAUGCAGCUGCUGAUUACAUAAAGGGAGUUCUAGAGCUUGGACCUUUUGCAGACUAUUUGGUAAUUAAUGUAUCCAGUCCCAACACCCCUGGUCUAAGGGAAUUGCAGGGCAGAGAUCAACUUCGCCACCUGUUGGCCAAGGUAUGGCAGUGCACAUAGCAGAGGUAUUUGUUUAACGUUACACAACGUUACGCUUCCUAUAAAUUGCUUCCUCUUUUAUAGGUUUUGAAAGCUCGUAACGCUCUUCAAAGUGAUCACAGACCAGCUUUGCUUGUAAAGAUUGCUCCUGACUUAACGAAGGCAGAUAAGGAAGACAUUGCUAGUGUAGUGACAGAGGUAAUGCCUAAUUCACUCUUAGAGGACUCACCACAGUUUAAGUGGAGCAUAUGGGAAUUUGUGAAGUAAUCUGGUCAGGAUAUCUGAUGAGAGUUUAUUAGAGAAUACUCUUUCUAAUGUGUAUUAUUUCUUAAAAAUUAAUUUAAAUUUAUCAUUCUAAUUUAUCUCUGCAGCUUGGCAUUGAUGGUUUGAUAGUUACCAACACCACAAUCAGUCGACCGUCUACACUGCAAGACCCCCAGUGCUGUGAAGCCGGGGGAUUGAGUGGAGCCCCUCUACGUGACAUGGCUACAGAGACUAUACGAGAGAUGUACACUCUAACAGCAGGUGAGACUCGAGGGGGCAAUAUCCCACUUCAUCAACACAUUUUCUCUAAUCCUUUUCCUCUUGCCCAUUCAGGAAAGAUCCCCAUUAUUGGUGUUGGAGGUGUAAGUUGCGGCCUUGAUGCUCUGGAGAAAAUCCUAGCAGGGGCAUCGCUGGUACAGCUUUACACAGCACUCACUUACCAGGGUCCGCCGGUUGUGGAGAAAGUGACAGGGGAGCUAAAGAACAUACUUCUGUGAGUCCUAAUGUCAGAGUAUGUUUUAGUUGUUAAAUUUGCUUUGUUUAAUGUCACCCUUCACAUUCUCUUCCAGAGAGCAAGGAUUUUCAUGCGUUUCAGAGGCAGUCGGAGCUGAUCACAGGAGUAAUGCUCUGCGAGGACCAAUUAAAUAACUGGUGUAUUGCUUUACCACCUGGAUCUGUAUAGGAAAGAAGAACUUAUAGUGCAAUCUAUGGGAAGAACAGGAACCGGGGAUCUUUGUGCAUAGGAAAAAAUGUCAGAACGAGGAAAAGAUUUUUAUCUCCUAAAAUUCUGCCCUUCCAAAUCACCGAAAUCCUCUGUAUAGGAUGUGACUUUUCACUUGAGAUAUUGCAGCAGUGGAAUAAUUGUAUUAAAAUUAAACGUGUGCUGCAUACUAUUCUGUAAGUGUUAACAUAAGUUUACAAUAAAAUGAAUUACAAAAUCUGAGCUGUUGUUAAUAGCAAUGUUUCACUAUAUUUCUUUGAAUAAUUGUUUGUCUAUGGUAUAAAGUAAUACUGGAUGGCAUUAUGGAAUGCUUGUGAAAGACAUUUAUAGAAAUUGGACAAAAAGCACCACCUUGAAACUACAGUCUAUAGAUGACAUGAGAUAUCUGCACCAGGAAUCAUUCUAUAGUGCCGAAUGGAGUAAAAGUUCAAUGUUUAUAUGAAAUUUGUAGAGUUAUGAUAGAUGUGAAAAUACCCAUUAGUUUAAACUUAGAACAACCCUCUCACCCCCUUCCAGUUUGCAUUUUCUGUCUCCAUCCUGUUGUAGUCAGACACAGCGUUAUUCACUACACAAAGAAUUUGGUUAAAAUAAGUGCUCUGAGAAAAUUAUCCAACUCUCCCAGAGUCACGGCUUAGCUAUAUUGGGCAACAUUUUUAAAAAACAGACUUAAAGAACCACUAUAGUGCCAGGAAAACAUACUCGUUUUCCUGGCACUAUAGUGCCCUGAGGGUGCCCCCACCCGCCGGGCUGGAUGGAGAGGAAGGGGUUAAACUUACCUCUUUCUCCAGCGCCGGGCGGGGAGCUCUCCUCCUCCUUGGCUGAAUGCGCGGCAGGAGCUGCGCUCGUAUUCAGACAGUCUCAUAGGAAAGCAUUUACAACGCUUUCCUAUGGACGCUGGUGUCUUCUCACUGUGAAAAUCACAGUGAGAAGUGCGGAAGCGAGUCUAGCGGCUGUCAAGAGACGGCCACUGGAGGCUGGAUUAACCCUAAUAUAAACAUAGCAGUUUCUCUGAAACUGCUAUGUUUAUAAAAAAAAAGGGUUAACCCUAGCUGGACCUGGCACCCAGACCACUUCAUUAAGCUGAAGUGGUCUGGGUGCCUAUAGUGGUCCUUUAAUUUGCAGACAUUUCCCAGUUUACAAAUUUAGUCUCCCCGUCUAGAGGGCUCACUAGCCAGUCAGACUUGCAUUCAGGGAAGUUAAUGUAAAUCUGGGUAACUGUGUUCAAGCAGGCUAACCUCUGAAAAUAACCUAAGGAACGCCUGUGCUAUCACCAGUUUAAUGAAUCCACCAUGAUCUUAUAAGGGAACUACAAAACUACGGGGGUGAGCUCGGAACAAACAACUAAAUUAGUAUAUAUUUGAGCUGAAGGUUUUUUCUGUUGUUUUUUUCCAAAUAAAAUUCCCACCAGCUUUGCCAACUUCCAUUAACCUGCCUAGUACCCUUUACUUUCAGUAAUUAUCCAAUGGUGAGGAAAAGGAACCCAAGCUACAAGUCUACAACUCCCAACAUGCUCAGCUAGGGACUCAGAUAUGGAACAGCCAGGAUACUUUACCAGAACCACAUCUCCCAUGAUGCUUUGCUAACCAGGGCGCUUUACCGGAACCACACCUCCCAUGAUGCUUUGCUAACCGGGACGCUUUACCGGAACCACACCUCCCAUGAUGCUUUGCUAACCGGGACGCUUUACCGGAACCACACCUCCCAUGAUGCUUUGCUAACCGGGACACUUUACCGGAACCACACCUCCCAUGAUGCUUUGCUAACCGGGAAGCUUUACCGGAACCACACCUCCCAUGAUGCUUUGCUAACCGGGAAGCUUUACCGGAACCACACCUCCCAUGAUGCUUUGCUAACCGGGAAGCUUGCGAACCACCUCCCCUUAUUCUUUUACACUCGCCACGGGUAG